AAUAGAACACAGUUAUACCUCGGUUGAUCAUCCUCAUCUAAACUGUCCUCUGAUAUAUAUGCCACGUAGUACAAUCCCAGGGAAAAUCUGGUGUAAUGGUAACAGCGACCAUGGAAUGAGACCAUGCUUGAUUUGGCUGAUUAGACCCAUCAAUUCCUGGGAAAAGACAUGGGUGACAAAUCGUGGUCUGCGAUGCUAAUUUUCACUGAACAAACAAAAUCUUUACGAAGCCGAAUUCUCUGAUCUAGAUGAAAUUUUUUAUAUAGAUUUAUAUAAUAAAUAUGAAUUUUAAUACUGUUAUACGUGAUUAACGUUACAACAACAAUUAUUAUUAUAACGGUAAUUACGUGAUCUCUUGGAAUCUUCUUAAAUGUUAUCCUAUCUACUGUCUAGGUAUAGUUUCAAUAUCGAUCAAUCUUAUUGUGGAAUGACAUAGUUUAACACAAAAUUAAGAUCCUAUUCAGAAUGAAUCUUUUUUAAAUGCAAAAAUGACGUUGAUCCGGGAAAUUGAAAUGGCCUAUUGUGUUCUUAAGCAUAGCAUCAAUAGUGUUCUGAAAUUGAAACUACCCUAGUUGACUUUACGUAUAUGCGAUGGAGAGCACAUACCAAGGAGUGCCAGAAAAUUUUUCAUCGUUCUACGAUUUCCCGAUCGGUGGGAACCUUUCUAUUAUUGGAUUUAAUGCAGAUGAUAGUUUUCAAAAUAUUUUGGAACAAUACAGAGCUAGUUUGUUCACGUUUCAUGACACUACGACAAUAGUUUUACUGGCUCUGUAUAUCCCAAUAUUGCUUGUGUCUGUGAUUGGGAAUAUCCUUGUGUUGGUUGUGAUUGCUCCUAACAAACAGUUACAAAGCGUCACUAAUAAUUUUCUUCUAAACUUGGCAAUAGCAGACCUAUUAGUAUCAUUGGUCUGUAUUCCGAUGACAGCUGCUCAAAGAGUUUAUAAGUUGUGGAUUUAUGGGGACGUUUUGUGUCGAGCAACGCCUUACCUUCAAGGCAUCGCCGUAUCUGCAAGUACUUUUACAAUAACAGCUAUGAGCCUCGACCGUUGUUUAGCUAUAAGACAUCCUGUGUCAUUCCGGAGAUUGAGAACUACGAAAACUGUUCGGAUACUUAUUUUGUUUGUGUGGCUUAUUUCUCUUAUCAUCAUGGUGCCUAUUUUAUUAGUGAGAAGAACUGUCACGGACGAAAUAUUACCUGGGGCCAAAUUUACCUACUGUAUAGAGGUUUGGACAUCGCAAUUACAUAGACAGGCUUACGACAUCUUUAUUUUAUUUAUUGUGUAUGUGUGUCCGGGCGUCUUGAUUGCUACAUGCUACACCCUCAUGGGUCAAAGGUUAUGGGUACCAGAUAAGCAACUAAAUAGAGACUGGCAUAACAAAGCAACGUUAAAAGAUGGCGGCAAUAAACACAUCACUUCCGGUAGACGGAGAUUGGCCAAGAUGUGUAUCGCUGUUGCUGUUAUGUUUGCGGUGUGCUGGUUACCUUACUACAUCGUAAAUACAUACCUGAAUUUUAAAAAUGAUAUUGUUGCGGCCAAUAUAGUUCAUUUCAUGCUGUUGGUGGGACAUUUUCACAGUGCCACCAAUCCUGUACUGUACUGUUUUCUACAUAAAACUUUCAGGCGUUACCUUAAAAGGUUUUUAGCUUCCUGUUUUAAAAUCAAGCUAGGAGAACAUUCCCGACUACUUAGUAAGGGUAUUUUCUCUCAACCGAAUGCAACAACUAAAAGCUUCAAAUGUUCUUACAAGAGUUCUGUUAGGACUUCGCGUACACCCACUAGUCCUAAAUAUCCACAAUCAGCAACCCUGUCUCCACCUACCGGAAAUAUAAACAGCGACAACUCCUCGGAUGUUCGAUUUCAACAUUCUUUCAUCUCUGGAACCAAUGAUCCAAGCGACACAGAUAACUCAUCAUCGGUUAUGGCAGAAGUCAUGACAUUGUCCACGGUGCCCAACAAAAAAGAAGUUCGUCACGUGUCAUUAUCUAUAAAUGGAAAGUUAUACGACACUAGUGACAGAUUAUCAGACGAUAGUUCUUGAUCACUCCAUACGAGGGUGUCAGUUAUUAA